AUGGAAAGUUCAGAAGGAUCCCAAGGAUCUCAGUUUGAGGAUCGACGAAAGAGGCUCUUUGACUCCCUGAAUACAGCGGAGAAGUCAAUAAAGGGAACAAGCCUGGAGCAGAGUGAUUCAAGUGAGAGGAACAGACAUUUCCUGGAUCGCCCAAAAGUCGAUAAAAAGACCGAAACACGGCAUGUAAUGAAAUUCCGGGGGCGUGAGAGUAUCUUCAAGCGCCCCGAGGCCCCCAUAUCGCAGUGCUUGAGACCCCGCCGACGUCCGGAUUAUCAGGUUAAUCCCGGCAAAUGGACAAAGUACUCCCUGGAUGAUGUGGACACAUCUGAGCACACAAAUACAGCGGCUGCUUUUGCCUUCCUGGCUGAAUGUGAGCAACGACGGAGGGAUGAGAAAGCACCCGGAGAUGAGAUGGAAGUUGAAGGUGAAUCUGCUGAGAAGGUUGUCUUCAAGAAGUCCACGAAAUUGAGGAGGGCAGUGGAAGAAGCUCAAAAGGAUUGCAGUACCAGCAGUGAGGACCAAAGCCCCAAAUUUCGCGCAUCAAAGGUUGUUAUGCCGGAAUAUGUAAUUGGGCAGGCAACAGUGAAGAAGGAUCGGAAGAAGAAGCCACAGAAAUCCGCGGAACGUGGCAAAGAGCUCAAACUUGAUCAUCUCUUUGAAGAUGAGGAAGAUGGUUAAGCUGAAUUGAACUGUAUUUGUUAAUUUUUAAUCAAAUUAAGCAUUCAAAUAAAAGUUCUCCCUGAAAAA